CUCUCCUCCCUCUAUUUAACCCGCAAACGACGCCGGCCACCAUUGCACCACCUCAGCUCGCGCCGCGGAACACGAGACACAGAGAGAGUAGAGAUCGAGAUCGAGUGCUAAGCUAGCUAGAGUCGACGAUGGCGAAGUGGUGCAGCUUCGGCGUCGCGUCGUCCCUCCUGCUCUGCCUCGCCAUGGCGCACGCCGCGGCGGCGGCCAGGGCCGUGCCCGGCGGCGACGGCUCGACGACGGCGGCGUCGCUCCCGGCGGCGGCGGCGGCGGGCACCGGCGCGGGCGUGGAGGACAAGAAGAACCUCUUCGUGGGCGUCGGCGGCAUGGGGGACCUCCCGGGCUUCCCGGCCGUCGGCGGCGGCUACGGCGGGGGCUUCGGCAACAACGGCGGCGCCGUCUUCAGCGGCGUCACCGGCCCGCUCGGCGGCGUCGGGGGCGGCAUGGGCAGCGUCGGCCCGGUCGGCGGGUUCGGCGGCGCCGGCGGCGGCACCCCGUUCGGCGGGUUCGGCGGUGGCGGCGCCGGCGGCGUCACGCCAUGAACCGUAGUAUUACUGAGAGCUACGUACGAUCUCAUGCAUCUACGUGCGCCGCGUGCGUAUAUACGCACGCGUGGUGCACGUGUAGUAGCUAGUGUCAUCUUUUGCUUUUGAGUGUCGAUCUCAGGUGAGUUGCAUGCAUGGUUGGGCAGGGAGGUUGGAGUUUGUAAAAGUUUGGGUUUGUGGCCUGAUGGCAAGAGUCGAGUUUACUAGUAGCUUCUAGUAGUUGUGUGCUAAGUUAAUUGUGUGUUGUUAAGUGCACGUGAUGCAUGCGAGAUAUGAUGACUAUCUUUAGUUAAUGACUAAAUGGUAUUCAUGUCGUGCGUGUAAA